UUUGUACAGAAGUGUGUGUGUAUAUAUAUAAUUAUAUAAUUAUAUAUACAUACAUAUGCGAUGGCUCUCUGCGCAUUUCCAUUUACUGGGAGUUUGAGCAAAGGGUUAACGGGUACCCAUUGGCUAAACGGGUCGGGUUUACAGCCCCACCCUUGCUGCAAGAAGAAUCAUCAGAAGGUAAGAAAAAGCUCAAAUGGAGUGUAUGCAUCACUGUCAGAAAGAGGUGAAUACUUCUCCCAAAAACCCCCAACUCCACUUCUUGACACUAUCAACUAUCCAAUUCACAUGAAGAAUCUCUCCACAAAGGAACUGAAGCAACUAGCCGACGAACUACGAUCCGAUGUCAUUUUCAAUGUCUCGAAAACCGGCGGCCAUCUCGGUUCGAGUCUUGGUGUAAUCGAAUUAACCGUUGCCCUUCAUUUCGUUUUCAACACUCCUCAAGAUAGAAUACUCUGGGAUGUUGGUCAUCAAUCUUAUCCGCAUAAGAUUGUGAGCGGAAGAAGAGACAAAAUGCCGACUUUAAGACAGACAAACGGUCUUUCGGGUUUUACUAAACGGUCCGAAAGUGAUUACGAUUGCUUUGGCACCGGCCAUAGUUCUACCACAAUCUCUGCUGGAUUAGGAAUGGCUGUGGGUAGGGACUUAAAAGGGAAAUCAAACAACGUGGUGGCUGUAAUAGGCGAUGGGGCGAUGACAGCUGGACAAGCGUACGAAGCAAUGAAUAACGCCGGAUAUCUUGAUUCGGACAUGAUUGUUAUUCUUAAUGAUAACAAACAAGUUUCUUUGCCGACUGCUAAUUUGGAUGGGCCCACCGCUCCCGUGGGAGCGUUGAGUAGUGCUUUGAGCAGGUUGCAGUCUAAUCGUCCGCUUAGAGAACUAAGAGAAGUUGCUAAGGGAGUGACGAAGCAGAUAGGUGGGCCCAUGCACGAACUGGCAGCAAAAGUAGACGAGUAUGCCCGUGGCCUAAUCAGCGGUUCAGGUUCAACAUUCUUCGAAGAACUCGGACUUUAUUACAUCGGUCCAGUCGACGGUCACAAUCUUGACGACCUUACAGCAAUCCUUAAUGAAGUCAAAAGUACUAAAACAACCGGUCCAGUCUUGAUCCACGUCAUCACCGAGAAAGGCAGGGGUUACCCUUACGCAGAAAAAGCCGCAGAUAAAUAUCACGGAGUGACGAAAUUCGACCCGGCAACUGGAAAGCAAUUCAAAUCGAGCGCUCCGACUCAGUCCUACACAACUUACUUUGCAGAGGCUUUGAUAGCCGAAGCAGAAGCGGAUAAGGAUAUAGUUGCGAUACACGCAGCUAUGGGAGGUGGGACAGGCUUAAACCUCUUCCAACGCCGAUUUCCGACAAGAUGCUUCGAUGUCGGAAUAGCCGAACAGCAUGCAGUAACUUUCGCCGCAGGUUUAGCCUGCGAAGGCAUUAAACCCUUUUGCGCAAUCUACUCAUCUUUCUUGCAAAGAGCUUACGACCAGGUAGUGCAUGACGUGGACUUGCAGAAGCUUCCGGUGAGAUUUGCUAUGGACAGAGCUGGAUUAGUUGGGGCAGAUGGGCCCACGCAUUGUGGAGCGUUCGACGUGACUUAUAUGGCAUGUUUACCAAACAUGGUGGUGAUGGCUCCUUCGGACGAGGCUGAAUUAUUUCACAUGGUUGCAACUGCUGCUGCUAUAGACGAUAGGCCGAGUUGUUUCCGUUUUCCGAGAGGCAACGGUGUAGGGAUAGAGUUGCCAAAGGGUAAUAAGGGCAUUCCCAUUGAGAUAGGGAAGGGGCGAGUAUUGAUCGAAGGGGAGAGAGUGGCUCUAUUGGGAUAUGGGACAGCUGUCCAGAGCUGUAUGGCUGCAGCUGCAUUGUUGGAGCCCCACGGUAUAAGGUUGACGGUUGCUGAUGCUCGAUUUUGUAAGCCGUUGGAUCAUGAUCUUAUACGAAGCUUGGCCAAAUCGCACCAAGUCUUGAUCACUGUUGAAGAAGGUUCCAUCGGUGGGUUCGGAUCCCACGUAGCGCAGUUCAUGGCUCUCGAUGGACUUCUUGAUGGUAAUUUGAAGUGGAGGCCAUUGGUUCUGCCCGACCGAUAUAUCGACCACGGAUCGCCGAUCGAUCAACAGAUGGAAGCCGGGCUAACACCUUCUCACAUUGCAGCAACUGUUUGCAACAUUCUUGGCAAAGCAAGGGAGGCACUAGAGAUUAUGUCCUAGAACAUGUAACAAUUAUUACAACAUUAAUUUCUCCAAAAUUAAAACUAGUUAUAUAUUUAGUCUUUAGAUUAAACUCUGAUUUUAGUUUCCUAUAAUCAGAUUGCAGCUCAAAGUUGCAUUAGAUACAUAUGAAAUAUAUAUAAAAUUGCUCA